AAAAAAAUAAAAUUGAGGUUAUGUUUUGUUUGUGUUUGUUUAUGUUUAUGUUCUGUUCCUAGUUCUGUUCAUACAUUCACAAAUCACAUCUUCUUUAGUUCAGGAUUUAGUUGGAGCAUUGGAGCAUUGGAACUUGUUGUAUAAUGUGAAACUUCAGAAAUAGUAAAUGUGAAUUCAGUGAAUUGCAGGGGUGGUUGUUGGAAUUAGAAGAGAAAAAUUAUCGCCCCCACACGUAUUCAACUGCCCAGAAAUUCGUUCCAUUGCACCCCAAAUUCCAAAUUGUUGUGGUUAUGAUUAGCAGUCUCAAGAUCAAACAAGAAAGAUGCAGGAAGAUCCAGCUGUUGAAGAAGCAAGUGAAGUUCUUCACACUCGACUUACAAAAGAAGAAAUAGAAGAGUUGGAAAUUAUAGUUGAUGGAAAUGAUAAUCAAUCAUCAUCUUCACGUCCGUUACACAAAAAUGCGGCUACUACUAAUGUAGCUAAUGCAGAAACCACGAUUCAGUAUGCUCCGGUUUCAGUAUCACACUCUAUUUUCUCAUCAAUUGACGGGGCGAACCAUUAUUCCAGUUCUAUGGAUGAUCAGCAAGUGGUUAUUUGGGAAGGUACAAUAGUAGAAGAUCCAACAGACUCAAAUAUGCAACCUAUUUACCCAGUUGAUGAACCAGAAGAAACUCCAGUUGUGAUAUUAAGAGCUUCCAAAACAACUCCUAAAGAUAAAUCUCAAGUACCCAGUACUUAUGCAAAGAAAAAGGUCCUACCUACAAAAAGAAAGAGGAAAACACCUUUGCCAUCUUCAAAUGAACCUACAAAAUUAGAGGAAAGUCCUGCUCAAGUUAAAGACCACUUCAAAAGAGGUUGUGAGUGUCAAGAUGAAAGUUGUUUUAGGGGACUUGAUGCUGAAAAAGUAUUUAAGCACAGACAUGAUAUUGCUGAACUUACCAAAGGAGAACAUGAUAUGUAUUUAAUGGGGGUUACAAUGGCAUCCCUCGCAAACCCUACUACUACUGUUAGAGAUAAAGAAAGAAGAAGACUUAGAGCACGAUAUGUAUUUCAAGGAAGAAGAGUAUGUCUAGAUGCAUUUUUAUACCUUGAAAAUUGUACUCAUUAUCAAUUAAAAAACAUUAGAAAGCAUGUGAUGACACAUGGAGUUGCACCAAGAGUUCAUGGAAAUCAUGGGAGAAGACCACAUAAUACUCUUUCUUUGGAUAUUUAUUGCCACGCGCGUGAAUUUUUGAAACAAUACUUAGAACAACAUACUGGUGGAACAGACAUCCUUGACAUUAAACAGGCAGUUCAAUUACCGUGGGAUGUGACCCGAAAAAAAUUGCAUGAUGCCUACAAGAAUUAUUGUAAUAUUUUAGAACUUGGUAUCAAAGUUAUGGGGUAUUCAACCUUUCGGCAUUUCAUGAAGGAGCAAUUUCCCCAUGUUAAGUUUUUCAAAUUAGAGCCAAAAGGAAACAAUCACUGCAAUCAACAUCAGCAGCAGCAAAAACAACAACAAAAACAACAAUCACAACAGGAGCAGCAGCAACCACAACUACAACAGAUAACAGUGCAGCAUACUCAAGAACAGGCUCAAAUUCAACAGUCCACGCAACAUAUUCAAACUCUAGAGCGACCAAGAGAUCAAACAGUUCAGCAAGCUCAAAAAUUUAUACUAAACAAUGAAAUACAACAAGUGAUUCCUCUUGUUGUCGCUUCUAAUGAAAGUGGAGGAAAUCAACAUCAGCAAUCUCAAGCUUUUUUGGUUACUUCUGUACCUCAAAUAAUCUCGAAUGCUAAUAUAGUUCCACAGCAAAAUAAUGGAACCCAUAACUCUAAUACAUUUUCCUAUCAGCUCACAAACACAGGGUAUGCUAUGAACCAGCAAGGAAAUAUUGUGACCACUAUGGCAAAUGUCCAACAUCAUGCACGCUAUUAUGGCGGAAUGUAGUUAAUAAGCACAAAAAAACUGUUUUGUAGUGGUUUAGCUGCUAGUUUUAUUUUCAUAGAGUAAGUAAUAAUUUAAUGUUUUAUUUUCCUCAGAUAGAUAUUUCUGUUCCGUUACAAAGCUGGCCACUACAAUGUAAAUGGUAUCUAGAUUUUUGGAACAAAACUUUUAUGUGAUACAUUGUAGGUAUUGAAAUAUGUGAAUACUCGUGUAUAUACAAUCAGUAUUUAUACAAAGUGUAGGUACUAGAAAUAAAUAGUUAUGACUAACUGAAUAUGUCUCAUUUUCAAUUGAACGAAGGUAUAGGCUCUACAUAUCUAAGCUGAUC